AGCUACAGUCGGCAGGACCGGCAACAGCGCAGUACAAUCCUUCAUCGGAGGCUUUGACAUUUGAUUUAUUUUUCAAAUGAAGGCAAACCAGAAAACCAAAGGGGAUUUACUUUUGUGUCAGACAGCAAGAGAGGUCCUGAGGUACUCGUUGCAUAAGACAGGCUGUAGAGAAGUUGUGAAUCCAGCCUGCUUCUCUGUGCAUCUAGCAGCCAUGGUCUGAUCAUUACAAUACAGACAAAAUCAUUGAAACACCCUCCAAAAAAGCACAGCAGAAAGCAGGAGCUCAGGAACAGCAGCAACAUGGCUUUAACCAAAAGACACACAUACAAUCGGGUGCUGAGCAGCAGCAGCAGCAGCAGGAUGAGCUCUGACGGGAGCAGCAAGCUGGCCAAGGUGGGCUCCCGCGUGGAGGUGAUCGGUAAGGGGCACCGCGGCACCGUGGCAUACAUCGGAGCCACCCUGUUCGCCACCGGCAAGUGGGUGGGAGUCAUUCUCGAUGAUGCCAAGGGCAAGAACGACGGCACGGUGCAGGGCAAGAGGUACUUUACUUGUGAAGACAACCACGGCAUCUUUGUCCGACAGUCGCAGAUCCAGCCAGUUGAUGAUGGAGCAGAUACCACUUCUCCAGAGACCCCUGAACCCUUGUCUUCAAAGGUCCCUAAACGAGAGCCAUUGGAAACACCUAAAUCCAGCAAACUGCGAGGAGUGAAACCCAAGAAGACCCCAACUCCCAGGAAGACCCCAGCCAGGCGGACCAAGCCGACGAGACCCAGCAGCUCGGCAGCGUCCAGCGGCACGGCGGGCCCUUCAGCGUCGGCCUCCGGGGGGGACAUGAGCAGCAGCGAGCCGAGUACCCCCCUGGUAGCACCUGUGAUCCCCACCCCUAGCAUGGGGCUCACCUCUCCAGGAGCCCACCCUCACCCGACUCCCAGCAAGGAGGAGGAGGCCCUGCGUGUUCAGGUGAAGGACCUGGAUGAAAAGCUGGAGACUCUGAAGAUGAAGCGCAGCGAGGACAAGGCCAAGCUCAAGGAGCUGGAGAAGUACAAGAUCCAGCUAGAGCAGCUGCAGGAGUGGAAGAGCAAGAUGCAGGAGCAGCAGACUGAUGUGCAGAAGCAGUUGAAGGAGGCCAAAAAGGAAGCCAGAGAGGCUCUGGAGGCGAAGGACCGCUACAUGGAGGAGAUGGCAGACACUGCAGAUGCCAUCGAGAUGGCCACUCUGGACAAGGAGAUGGCUGAGGAGCGAGCAGAGUCCCUACAGCAGGAGGUGGACUCCCUAAAGGAGAAGGUGGAGGAGCUGACCAUGGACCUGGAGAUCCUCAAGCACGAGAUCGAGGAGAAAGGAUCUGACGGAGCUGCCUCCAGUUAUCAUGUGAAACAGCUCGAGGAACAGAACGGCAGACUGAAGGAGGCACUUGUCAGGAUGCGAGACCUGUCGGCCUCAGAGAAGCAGGAGCAUGUGAAGCUGCAGAAGCAGAUGGAGAAGAAGAACUCAGAGCUGGAGAUCCUGCGGCAGCAGAAGGAGAAGCUGGUGGAGGAGAUGACGCAGGCCGAGAAGACCAUCGAUGAGCUGAAGGAGCAGGUUGAUGCUGCUCUGGGCGCAGAGGAGAUGGUGGAGACACUAACGGAGAGAAGCCUGGAUCUGGAGGAGAAAGUGAGGGAGCUGAGAGAAACCGUCAGUGACCUGGAGGCCAUCAAUGAGAUGAAUGAUGAGCUGCAGGAGAACGCGCGGGAGACUGAGCUGGAGCUGCGGGAGCAGCUGGACCUGGGCAGCGCACGGGUCAGAGAAGCUGAGAAGAGGGUGGAAGCUGCGCAAGAGACUGUCGCUGACUACCAGCAGACCAUCAAGAAGUACCGGGAGCUGACCGCUCACCUGCAGGAGGUGAACCGGGAGCUGAUGAGUCAACAGGAGGCCACAGCAGAGCAGCAGCAGCCUCCCGCGGAGAUGUUUGACUUCAAGAUCAAGUUUGCAGAGACCAAGGCCUACGCGAAGGCAAUUGAAAUGGAGCUGCGGAAGAUGGAGGUGAGCCAGGCAAACCGACAGGUGUCUCUGCUCACCUCCUUCAUGCCGGACUCCUUCCUGCGUCACGGGGGCGACCACGACUGCAUCCUGGUGCUGCUGCUCAUCCCUCGCCUCAUCUGCAAGGCUGAGCUGAUCAGCAAGCAAGCCCAGGAGAAGUUUGACCUGAAUGAGGACUGCGUGGCAAGGCCAGGCCUGCGGGGAGCAGUGGGAGAGCAGCUGAGCUUCGCUGCAGGACUGGUGUACUCACUCAGCCUGCUCCAGGCAACCCUGCACAAAUAUGAACAAGCUCUGAACCAGUGCAGUGUGGAGGUUUAUAAGAAGAUUGGUACACUGUAUCCAGAGAUGAGUGUCCAUGAACGCUCCCUGGACUUUGUGAUCGAUCUCCUCCACAAGGACCAGCUGGAUGAGACCGUCAACGUGGAGCCCCUCACUAAGGCUAUUAAAUACUACCAGCACUUGUACAGUAUCCACCUCACAGAACAACCUGAGGACUGCACCCUGCAGCUUGCUGACCACAUCAAAUUUACCCAGAGUGCCUUGGAUUGCAUGGGGGUGGAGGUUGGCAGACUUCGGGUGUUCCUUCACACGGGACAGGAAGCUGCAGAUCUUGCCGUCCUGCUGAAGGACUUGGAGACGUCCUGCAGUGAUAUCCGGCAGUUCUGUAAGAAGGUCCGCCGCCGCAUGCCUGGGACAGACGUGCCUGGGAUCCCAGCCGCGCUCACCUUCGGACCAUCGGUGUCUGAGAACCUGAUGGACUGUCGGAAGCACCUUACUUGGGUGGUGGCAGUGCUGCAGGAGGUAGCUGCAGCUGGGGCCCAGAUGAUCGCCCCCCUCAGUGAGCAGGAGGGUCUGUCUGCACUCAAACUGGAAGACAUCGCUUUCAAAGUAGGGGAACAGAUCUACGGUGCCCAGGGUGUCAGCCCCUACGACUGCAUGCGCCAGUCCUGCAGCAUCGUCAUUGCCACCAUGAACAAGAUGGCAACGGCCAUGCAGGAAGGGGAGUACGAUGCCGACAGGCCUCAGGACAGGCCAACUCCUCCAGUAGAGCUGAGAGCAGCAGCACUGAGAGCGGAGAUCACCGAUGCAGAGGGGCUGGGGCUCAAACUGGAGGACAGAGAGACCGUCAUCAAGGAGCUUAAGAGGUGCCUCAAAAUCAAGGGUGAGGAGCUGAGCGAAGCCAGUGUUCGCUUGAGUCUCCUGGAGAAGAAGCUGGACAGCUCUUCAAAGGACGCAGACGAGAGGGUGGAGAAGAUCCAGACCAAGCUGGACGAGACCCAGGCGCUUCUCAAGAAAAAAGAGACGGAGUUUGAGGAGACGAUGGACGCUCUCCAGGCUGACAUCGACCAGCUCGAGUCGGAGAAGGCGGAACUGAAGCAGCGUCUGAACAACCAAUCCAAAAUGACCAUCGAUGGUCUGCAAAGGACACCGGCCACGGGGAUCGCUUCCGUCGUCACUGGGGUUGCAACGGAGGAACAGCAGAAAGGGGUCGGCAGUACGCAGUCCAUGGGCGGUGGUUCCGGCCCAGUCCAGGUGAUCGACUCUCCUCUGCUGCUUCAGCAGAUUGAUGCUCAGCGACUCGGCAUCAAAUACCUCAAGAACGAGAACAACCGGCUCAAGGCUGAGAAGAUGAAUGCUCAGCUGGCAUCCCUGCCACCUCUGCGUGUUUCCAAACUGCCGUUGAAGGAGGGAGUGAACACAGACCUGCAGUCCAACCCCCUGUACCGCAAGACCAGCCAGCUGCUGGAGACGCUGCUGCAGAUGAGCGCCAACAUGAAAGUGGUGGACAUCACCGGAAAAACACCAGUGAGCCCUACUGCACAGCUCAUGGAGCAGACUGCUCAUCUGAAGAGCCUGAGUGACACACUGGACAGACUGAAGGAUGAAGUGGCCGAGCACGUGGUAUCCCAGCGUCCCGGCGCCCGAGUGCCCUCGGACUUCGCCACAUUUCCCUCCUCCUCCUUCGUCAAGGCUCAGGUGGAGCAGAAGGAUGACACUGUGCUCAUAGGGAGGGUGAUGUUCCCCUGUGCCCGUGGGCAGGAGCAGAUCCACAGGGUCGUCCUAACACAGCCACAGCUACACAAAAUGCACCGCCUGCUCCUCUCCUCCUAGACUGCGUAACACUGCGCUCACGCUUGCUCGCUCUCUCUUCUAACUGUAUGUAUUUCAGGCUGCUAGCUUUCAGUGAAGUGGCUGUGUUUAUUCAUAGUGGGAUUGGCACUACUUGAUGGGACCGUUUCGAAAUCAUAACUAUCCCGAUGAAGAAAGCAAACAAAACGAAAAUAAAAUGCAUUCAUUCUAGUUUCAUGUGGCCUUUUGUACAAUGUGCCCUGAAUGUUAUACUAUGUCAAUGCUAUAUCAAUAUAUACACAGUAUAUGCUACAUAGUGUUCCCAUAUGUAGUUAUCAAAAGCAAGCACAUUAUGCUUCCAAUUACAUAAGCUAUUAUCUAUAUAUACACAGUAUAUGCUACAUGAUGGUCCCAUAUGUAGUUAUCAAAAGCAAGUACACUAAGCUUUCAAUUAGAGAGGGGGGGCAAAGCAUGUAAGGAAAAUUCAUAUCAAUAAAGAAAAUAACAAUUUUAAAAAAUCUAUAAUUAAUCUAAAUUUGCCCUGUUAAUUGUGUAAAUGUGUAUUUUCCUGAACGAAUUUUUUCUUGCUAAAGGUUGAAUUUUGCCCAAAGUCUGUGUGAGUCUUUACUAAAGUACAGUUUGUUAGACAUGUCCCGAUCAUUUAUGCAUGUCUUCAGAUACAGUGAUGCCUUGAAGCUGUGUUAUGAAUUAGUUAAUCAGUUACUUGCAAUGAACUACAGGAUAUUUCACAUUUAAGACUGCGGAAUCUUAAAGUAGUCAGUUUCAGAUUGGGUUUGAUGUGUAUUGCACUCUUUACCUGCAUCUUAAAUGUGCCGUCAACCAACACAACGGUGUCACAUUUGAGCUGAUAUAAUUUAAACUUUAUUGACAUGACAUUAUAAAGUAUAUGCGUUUUAAGGAAUAUCAGAUUAUUUAUGGCAUCACUAAAUGGCAAUUCCAUUUACUGUAGUGUGCAUAUAUAACUAUUUUGAUGUAAUUUGUAUGAAAUAUGUAUUCAACAACUGGGUUUUAAAUGCAGUCAGACAUUGUGCAGACAAUUCUGAAGGUUAAUGAAUGAAUGAGACAUGAACUUGCUCUAAAGUCAUACCUGAAUGGGGUGGUUUACUGUUUUGAUUUCAAGUUUUCCACUUUUCCAGUCUUCAAUGGAGAAUGUAAGAGUUGGGUAACAUGCUAGGUAUUGCUUUAGUCUAGCCAUAUCCAUCUUUCUAUUGUGCACUAAUCUUUAUUUGGUUUAGCCAUGUGGAACAAUCGGCAGACUCUACACUAAGAUUAAUGUUGUUCUGAAAGUGGCUGCUAUUAAUAAAUAAAAAUGAUUGUGUUUGGUA